CAAAGUAAUUCAAAGUGCUUUACAGAUGCAACACUCUACUAUACUGUGUACAUCAUAGUACACUCUAUUAAGUAUUUUUGCUACUUUUACUAGAGUAAUUUGUGUCCACUGGGCAGUAAUUACGCUAGUCAAAUAGUAAUUGCAAGAGUAGUUUAUGUUCCAUUAAGUGACUGACCUGCAUUAGCUGCAGUCACACUACUGUAGGGUGGGGGUGAGUCCUGAGUGGAAACCUGCUGGGAAGGCUGGGACAGCUCCUCUUCAUUUACCAGCUUAACAUACAAUACACAACAAAAAUGUGCAAACAUAUCAGUGUCACAUAUUUCUGCAGUGUUUAUGUAGGCUAUGUAUGUACUGAGGACCGUUUGCAUUCAAUGGAAGUAGGCCUCCUAGUACAUUAGAUAAUGAUUAUACAGCUAGACAGUGGGGGGGUGAACGCCUUUAACGACUUGUAAAUUAGCAAUCUGUGCUCUUCAUUGUAUAAUCUGGACUUUGUCUGACGUUACUGAUAAAAGCACUAGAACUGGUAAAGAUUACCCAUAAUAAUAUUGAUGAUGAUGACUGUAACCACAUCGAUGACGAUCUAGAGGCCAGAACCAACAGCAUUGCAAGAUACAGUGGAUGGAUCAGUAUAUUUGCAAGCAGUGCAGUGCCACCCUACUCCACCGAGGGGGUGUUGCCUCCAAGUGGCCAUAUUGAAAACAGUAGCGCUAAGCCUGCUGUGUGAUGUGGAGCAGGUCUGGAAGAAGACGCAUGAAACGCAGCCACUUUGACGAUGGCGGCCAAUGAAACAGACCUAUUCACUAAUGAAGAAAAACGAAACUUGGAGCUUGGAGGCCAUGUGGGUUUUGAUAGUCUACCUGAUCAGCUGGUCAGCAAAGCAGUCGCACAAGGCUUCUGUUUUAACAUCCUCUGUGUAGGUGAAACUGGAAUUGGGAAAUCAACUCUGAUAAAUACAUUGUUCAAUACUGCAUUUGAAGCUGAAGAAGCCAGCCAUUAUGAGAAUGAAGUGCAGUUACGUUCCCAAACAUUUGAGUUGCAGGAGAGCAAUGUCAAUCUGAAGCUGACUAUUGUGCACACUGUGGGGUUUGGUGACCAGAUAAACAAAGAAGAAAGCUACAAACCAAUUACUGAAUACAUUGAUGCACAGUUUGAAAAGUUUCUUGAGGAGGAGUUAAAAAUCAAACGGUCCUUGUUCAACUACCAUGACACAAGAAUCCAUAUCUGCCUAUAUUUCAUUGCACCAACGGGACACUCUCUGAAAUCUCUGGAUCUUGUGACAAUGAAGAAACUUGACAGCAAGGUGAACAUCAUCCCAGUUAUUGCAAAAGCCGACACAGUUUCAAGAAGUGAAUUGGACAAAUUAAAAAUCAAGAUUAUGAGUGAGCUGGUCAGUAAUGGUGUGCAGAUUUAUAACUUUCCUACUGAGGACGAGGCAGUUGCAGAGAUCAAUGCCUCAAUGAAUACAUAUCUUCCUUUUGCUGUCAUUGGAAGUACAGAAGAUGUUAAAGUAGGGAACAAGAUGGUAAAAGCAAGACUGUACCCCUGGGGCUCUGUACAAGUGGAGAAUGAAAAUCACUGUGAUGUGAAGCUGAGGGAGAUGUUGUUGAGAGUGAACAUGGAGGACCUCAGAGAGCAAACACACGCCCGCCACUAUGAACUGUACCGCCGCUGUAAACUUGAAGAGAUGGGCUUCAAAGAUGCAGAUCCUAACAGCAAGUCUUUCAGUCUUCAGGAGACCUAUGAAGCCAAGAGAAGAGAGUUUCUCCUGGAGCUGCAGCGCAAAGAAGAGGAGAUGAGGCAGAUGUUUGUAAACAAAGUCAAAGAAACAGAGGCCGAGCUGAAAGAAAAAGAAAAAGAGCUUCAUGACAGGUUUGAGCAGCUGAAGCGAAUGCACCAAGAGGAAAAGAAAAACUUGGAGGAGAAACGUCGGGAGCUGGAGGAGGAAAUGAACGCCUUCAACAGGAGAAAAGUUGCAGCAGAGACUCUGAUGGGCCAAGGUCUUCAAGGCGGCUCCCAGCCCUUUAAAAAGGACAAAGACAAGAAGAACUUUUUUAGUCUACCUUCUGCGUGCUCCUUAACGUCAGGACGGAAUCUCAAUUAGAAGACUUUCUGCUUCUACAUUAAAAUGGUGUAGCAAUCAAAUUAAAAAGAACUUUUUUAUGUCAUCUUGUCCACAUAAAUGGGACAUCUAACAUAAAAUCCAGUCAGUUACAUGUCUGAGCAGUGCUCUGUAGCAUGGUUUGUGCAUGUCUUUUAUCAUCCCUAUUUGCCAAAAUGUAAUUUACAAUGUGCUGUAUAUUGUUUUUGACUAACACUGUGAAACUCACAAAGACAAGUUGCUUCAGAGGGAUUGUAUUUUAUUGUUUGUAGUAUGCACUUUAAACAUUAGAUGUUAUUAACAGCUAUCUUAUAAUUCAAAUCUAUUUAAAAUGUUUAAUAAAUACACAUAC